AUGCCUUAUACAGUAGAAUGUUUGUGCCGAUUGGUCGCAAUGAUGGGUCGAAGUGAACAUCCAGAACCUCUCGGUCAGAAUGUCAAAGUCACUUCUGUGCUCGAUAAACAGCACGAACAUGCCAUCGUUGACGACAAUGCGACGCUGGACGAGCAGACGUUGGGUGCAUUGGGAUACAAGUAA